AUGCACUCCAAGGUUCUUCUCUCCGUUGCUUUCAGCCGAUUGCGAGACACGCUCGAAACUGAAGGAAACUGGUUAGAUAUGACACUAGCUUGCCCUGCGACGCCAUCUUGGUAUUUACGUCGGAUCGCCUGGCGUGAGACUCCACCGCUACUGGGUCUGUCCCGUCAAUUCAACACCGGUCUUCGCGCAGAGUUACAUAUCGGUAAUCGACCGAUUUUUGUCUUCAAAGUACCACCGGCAAUACGAUCGCAAGACAUGAUGCGAUUAUUUUAG